ACGUAUUCAAUCAUAGAUUGAGAAUAGUAACUACACCUUGAAUACGUUCAAUCAUAGUAAAUUAAAAAUAGAUACUUGUUUAAUUUUUGAUCUGUGAAAUUAGUAUAUUUUGCACGAAAAUUUGUUAUCGUUUUGUGUUCGUUAUAUUUGUUCUUGUUUGUUUUAUAUGAAAACAAUUUUUUAAAAUGUCUGACCUAAAAGCUGACAUUGCCCUCAUUGGCUUGGCUGUCAUGGGUCAGAAUAUUAUCCUUAAUAUGAAUGACCAUAAUUUUGUGGUAUGUGCAUAUAACAGAACUGUUGCUAAGGUUGAACAAUUUCUUAAUAAUGAAGCAAAAGGAACCAAGAUCAUUGGUGCUAAUUCUCUAGAAGAUAUGGUUAAUAAGUUAAAGAAACCAAGAAAAAUUAUGUUAUUAGUUAAAGCGGGAUUUGCGGUUGAUGAGUUUGUGAAAAAUCUAAUACCUCUUUUGGACAAAGGAGAUAUCAUCAUUGACGGUGGAAAUUCACAGUAUUUAGACACACAGCGAUGGUGCAAAGAGUUAGCACCCACCGGUAUCUACUACAUUGGAAUGGGAGUUAGUGGCGGAGAAGAAGGCGCGCGUUACGGUCCGUCAUUGAUGCCUGGGGGUCAUCCUGCCGCGUGGCCACAUGUCAAGCCAAUAUUCCAGGCAAUAUGCGCAAAAGCUAAUGGCGAGCCAUGUUGCGACUGGGUCGGAGAAGACGGUGCUGGCCACUUCGUCAAAAUGGUACACAACGGUAUUGAAUAUGGAGACAUGCAGCUCAUCUGUGAAGCAUAUAAUUUAAUGAAAGAUGUCAUAGGUAUUGACCAGGACGAAAUGUCUCAGGUGUUUGAAGAGUGGAAUAAAGGCGAUUUGGACUCGUUUCUUAUCGAAAUUACCAGAGAUAUCCUAAAAUUUAAAGACACCGAUGGCAAAUACCUAUUGCCAAAGAUCCGUGACACGGCCGGUCAGAAGGGCACUGGAAAGUGGACAGGCAUUGCCGCGCUCGAGUACGGCGUGCCAGUCACGCUUAUUGGCGAGGCCGUUUUUGCCCGCUGCCUUUCGGCUCUCAAAGACGAGCGUGUAAAUGCAAGCAAAGUGUUGCCGGGUUCGUCGCUAAAGUUCACAGGCAAUAAAACAGAGUUCCUGGAUCACCUUCGCAAAGCUCUCUAUGCAAGCAAGCUGAUAUCCUACGCUCAAGGUUUUAUGUUACUGCGUGAAGCUGCAAAGGCGAAUAAGUGGAACCUCAAUUACGGCAGCAUUGCAUUGAUGUGGCGAGGCGGUUGUAUCAUUCGCAGCGUAUUCCUUGGCAACAUCAAGGACGCGUUCACAAAGAAUCCUCAGCUGACAAACUUAUUAUUGGACCCUUACUUCUGUGAGCGUAUCAGCGCAUCACAGAACUCGCUGCGGCAGGUGGUGGCACAAGCGGCGCUAGUCGGCGUGCCCACGCCUGCUUUCUCCUCGGCCCUCGCAUUUUACGAUGGCUACCGUUCAGAUGCGCUGCCCGCGAAUCUCUUACAGGCACAAAGAGAUUAUUUUGGCGCUCACACUUACGAGUUAGUGACUAAACCCGGCGAGUUCGUGCACACCAAUUGGACUGGCCACGGGGGCAAUGUGUCCGCCUCCACCUACAAUAACUAGCUAGUAAGCUAGUGCACACUAUACGAAAGUCAUUGAAAUAUUGUUCACUAUUUACUAUAUAAAAAUAUAAGAAAUAAACUCAUCUAGCGCGGACAUUGUUUAAUGCGUUCUAUAAAUAAUUUUAUUCAGGCCAACGAAAAAUAAUCACUUAAACUGCACACUUAAGCUGUUUAAAUAAUGUCUUCCAACUUGGUAUUAUUAUUAACUAUAAGAGUAAACCAUAUUUGGACAAAAAGCAGCCUGUUGCGAUUUUAAAAACAAAGUGACCUAUAUAUAUAGUUCUUAAGUAUCUUAAGUUUUUUAAUAAUAUUUUUUUGACUGUUUAAGACAAUCAUUCUUUCAAGUAUUUAAUCCUAUAAUUAAUUUUAUUUAAUUACUAUUAGUAUUUUACAUAUUGUUAAUAACUCUAAAUUUUUAUUAACAAGUCUACAGCUAUGAUUGUGAUUUGUGAAUGUAAUCAAUUAUUUGCUUUCUCAAUGAUUAUGGAAGAUCACAAUUUAUUCCAAUUUACAUUCCUGUUGUAAUGACGAUUGGUGUGUCAAAUAUAAAUCACCCGUUUUAGUGACAAAUGUUAAUGUAUGGAUCAACUUUAUUAUGUAUAAAAUUAUGGCGCAGCCACUGCUUGUCGCAUGUUGUGAAAAUGAUGGUGCUCUGCGGUAUAUUAAUAAAUAUAAGCAAUAAAUAUAUUUUAUAUAUAAA